ACAGCCUUAUUAGGGUCCGAGCCCCUAGGUAGCUCUCAAUCACCAUCCAUCACCACCAACUCGACACCCACGCUCCGUCUAUCCUUUUUUCAUAUCAGCACCUCUGACUAUUUCUUCUCUUUCAUCUGCAUUGGGCGAUAAGAAAUCGACAUCUGCCAUACCCGUAUUCUUCCACCUUUUUUCGUCGUCUGAUGUCUUCCACACAACCGCAAGCCGCCAGUGCAAGCCCCAUGCCUGCGGGAGUCACCGACCCCAACUACAAGCCUGGCCCCGGACGUUUGGGUAACCUUACCGUCAUUCAGCUUCACGCUUUGGAGAAGUUCAAGAAGGAAGUUAGGGACGAGGGCUGGUUCGAUGAGGAGAGAAUGGAUGAUGAACUCAUGCUCAGAUUCUUGAGAGCCCGCAAAUUUGAUGUGGCAGCCGCGAAAAAAAUGCUGCAGGAGUGCGAGCAAUGGAGAAAAGAGUUUGGAAUUGAGGAGAUUAUGAAGAACUUCGACUUCAAGGAGAAAAGAGACGUGGACAAGUAUUAUCCUCAGUAUUACCACAAGAUGGAUAAGGAUGGCCGACCGAUUUACAUCGAGCGUCUUGGCUACCUCAACAUAAAAGAGCUCUACCGAAUCACAACCCAGGAACGCCAGCUCCAGCGUCUUGUCUACGAGUACGAAAAGAACUACAGCGAUCGCCUACCCGCCUGUUCCAAGGCCUGCGGGCAUCCCGUAGAAACAUCCUGCACAAUUCUUGACCUGUGGAACGUUUCUCUUAGCAACUUCUAUCAGGUCAAGGACUACGUCAUGUCGGCCUCGUCCAUCGGCCAGAACAGGUACCCGGAAUCCAUGGGCAAGUUCUACAUCAUCAACGCGCCUUGGGCAUUCAGUGCCGUAUGGCGGAUUAUCAAGCCGUGGUUGGAUGAGGUCACUGUCAGCAAGAUUGACAUCAUUGGGAGCGACUACAAAGAUAAGUUACUGGCGCAGAUCCCGGCCGAGAAUCUUCCCAAAGAUUUCGGAGGGCUGUGCCAGUGCGAGGGAGGAUGCUCGUUGAGUGAUGCCGGUCCGUGGAACCUUACCAACGCAGAUGCGCAUACCCCGGCAGCAAAUGGAAACGGAGCGCCAAAUGGCAAUGCCGUGUAGAUGUCAGCGGUUGUCUUUUCAUUCGCUCAUUUUUUGCUGGGACGGAAGACUAAUUGUACAGAGUAAUUCAGAUAUACCACUUUCCUUGUACUGCAUUCACAUGUUAAGAUAGAAUCGGUGACAGUGAUAGGGAAUUUAAUAUAGUCUUAACUACACUCAUUAC